AUGACGUCAUCACCAAUAGCUGUUGGUGGCGGUGGUAUUUUAUCAUCAUCAUUAUUGGCCAUUGGUGCCGAUGGUGGUGGUGCAUCAGCAUCAUCAUCAAGUAUCAAUGAAACUAAUUAUGCUUUACAAUUACAAACUAAUCAUUCCGGUGUUAGUUUUAUUUUAAUUCUUGAUGGUUGUGUUUUUGUUUUAGGCUUGUUGAUUUUAUUUUGUUGUUUGAGAAAUUUACGUUUAUGGAAACGUAAAAAAUCAUCAUCAUCCAAUAAUAAUUUUAAUAUUAAUAAUACUAAUAAUAAUAUUGGAAGUGGUAAUACUAAUAUAAAUGAUGAUAAGAAUGAAAGAAAUGUAUUUAAAAGAUUCUUUAAAAGAAUUUAUCAAUUUUUAAUAUUUGAAAGUGAAUAUGAAAGAAUUGGUAAAUUGUAUGGACAUGAAGUUAGUGUUUAUUUAUGGUAUUCACAUCAAAUGAUAUUAUUUACAGGAUUAUUUACAUUAAUUGGAUUAUCAGUAUUAUUACCAUUACAUUUAACAGGACAAAUUAGUAAUUCUAAUACAAUGAAUAAUUUAAAUGUAAUUUCAAAGAAUCAAAAUAGUACAAAUAUUGAAACUGAUUCAUUUUUAUACAAGACAAGUGUUAAUAUGGUAUUAUCAUUAACAGAUAGAUUAUAUGCACAUGUUAUUUUAUUUUAUUUAUUUUCAAUUUUAAUAUUUUAUUUAAUGUAUAGAUUUGUUAAUUCUAAAUUUGUUAAUCAAUAUAUAAAUAUGGAUGGAUUUGAAAAUGAUUCAAAUAGUACUUUAAAUAUGAUUAGUAAUUAUAGUGUUUUAUUAAAAGAUAUUCCAAUUCAAAUUACUGAUAAUACUAAAUUUAGAAAAUCAGUUGAAUCUAUAUUUCCAAAUUUAAACAUUUAUUCAUGUCGUUUAAUUCAUGAUACAAGUGAAAGAAUUGAAUUACAAGAAUCUUUUGAAAAUUCAAUUGAACAAAUUAAACAUUAUGAAUAUGUUCAAAAUCAAACAAACAAACAUGUUAAAUUAAUUAAAUUAUUCGAAUCAUCCAAAAAAGGUAAAUGUUGUUCUAAAAUUAUUGAAAGAGUUGAUGCUUUAAAUUAUUGGAAUGAAAAGAAAGUAAAAUUAGAACAUUUAAUUAUGGAAUGGGAAGAAACUUUUAAAAAUCAACCAAAAUCAACUGGAUAUGGACAUGUUAUUUUUAAAUCAAUUCAAGAUGCAUCUAAAUGUAAAGCAAUGGAUGAAACUGGUUUAAAAUUAUUUAAAUUGAAUAAUAAUAUGAUGAAUGAUAAUACUACUCCUACUACUAAUAUACUACUACUACUUGUAUCAAUGAUUCAAAUGAUUCAAAUGAUUUAA